GUGACUUUCACCAACCGAUGACUAUUCUCAACCAACCACAAAGACAUUGGCACUCUGUACCUAAUCUUCGGAGCAUGAGCCGGAAUAGUAGGUACCGCCCUAAGCCUCCUUAUCCGAGCAGAACUAGGCCAACCAGGCGCUCUACUAGGAGACGAUCAAAUCUAUAACGUAAUCGUUACAGCUCAUGCCUUCGUCAUAAUCUUCUUCAUAGUAAUACCAAUCAUAAUCGGAGGAUUUGGAAACUGACUAGUUCCCCUAAUGAUCGGUGCCCCAGACAUAGCAUUCCCACGAAUAAACAACAUAAGCUUCUGACUCCUACCACCCUCAUUCCUUCUCCUUCUAGCCUCUUCCACAGUAGAAUCAGGAGUAGGGACAGGAUGAACCGUGUACCCACCACUAGCUGGUAACCUAGCCCAUGCUGGAGCCUCAGUCGACCUAGCCAUUUUCUCACUACACCUAGCAGGUAUUUCCUCUAUCCUAGGGGCAAUUAAUUUCAUUACCACAGCAAUCAACAUAAAACCUCCAGCUCUAUCACAAUAUCAAACCCCUCUAUUCGUGUGAUCCGUACUAAUUACUGCAGUACUACUACUUCUCUCCCUACCUGUACUUGCUGCUGGAAUCACUAUGCUCCUAACAGACCGUAACUUCAAUACUACAUUCUUUGACCCAGCUGGAGGAGGAGACCCAGUACUAUACCAACAUCUAUUCUGAUUCUUUGGGCACCCAGAAGUUUAUAUCCUAAUUCUACCAGGAUUCGGUAUCAUUUCUCACGUCGUAGCAUACUACGCAGGGAAAAAAGAACCAUUUGGCUACAUAGGAAUAGUAUGAGCUAUACUAUCCAUCGGAUUCCUAGGCUUUAUCGUUUGAGCACACCACAUGUUUACAGUCGGAAUGGAUGUAGACACUCGAGCGUACUUCACAUCUGCCACUAUAAUCAUUGCCAUCCCAACCGGAAUUAAAGUAUUCAGCUGACUAGCAACUCUACACGGAGGAACAAUCAAAUGAGACCCACCAAUGCUGUGAGCUCUAGGGUUCAUCUUCCUCUUCACAAUUGGCGGACUGACAGGAAUUGUCCUAGCAAACUCCUCUCUAGACAUUGCCCUACACGACACCUACUACGUAGUAGCUCACUUCCACUACGUACUGUCCAUGGGCGCAGUAUUUGCAAUCCUAGCAGGAUUUACCCACUGAUUCCCACUAUUCACCGGAUACACCCUACACUCCACAUGAGCUAAAAUUCACUUCGGAGUAAUAUUUGUGGGAGUAAACCUCACUUUCUUCCCUCAACACUUCCUUGGACUAGCCGGUAUGCCACGACGAUACUCAGACUACCCAGACGCCUACACCCUAUGAAAUACUAUUUCAUCAGUAGGAUCACUAAUCUCCCUAACUGCCGUGAUCAUGCUAAUGUUCAUCAUCUGAGAAGCUUUCGCAUCCAAACGUAAAGCCCUACAACCAGAGCUAAUCAACACAAACGUUGAAUGAAUCCACGGCUGCCCACCCCCAUUCCACACAUUUGAAGAACCAGCCUUCGUCCAAACACAAGAAAGG